AUGGACACGGGAUCCUAUCCUCCCCUGUUUAGCCAACGAAACAACCCAAACCAGAACGUUGACCUUGAUGAAUCCAUCCAAGAUGUGGAAGGUUUGGAUCCAAUCCCUCACAUAGACCUUCAAUACCUUGACUUGGACAAGCUUGGAGAAGCCUGCAAAGACUGGGGCCUAUUUCGUUUGGUCAACCAUGGGAUUCCUUCAGAGCUACUGCUCCGAAUCCAGGACCAAGCCAGAGAGCUUUUCGCCCUUUCGUUCGAGUAUAAACAGGCCAUUCUAAGGAGUCCCCUGUCUUAUUUCUGGGGCACCACGGCUCGUACAACAUCUGGGGGGAUCCUGAGGAGUUCCAAGAGUAUCAGUUGGGUAGAAGUCAUUAAUUUCCCUCUCAGUCAACUCCCACAGUUCCAAGUUGAAGAUUCAUUACUUGACUCUUUCAGAUAUUUAUUGGAUGAAUAUGGAAGGCACCAGGCUAGACUUGCUAGAACUUUAUUCGAAGGUAUGGCCAAAAGCCUCAAUCUUGAUCCGAGACUAUCAAAAUCUUAUAUAUCAGAAGCAACUGGAUUUAUUCGCGUUCAUCGGUACCCAAGAAUUUCUGAAGGCAGCCAAGCCUGGGGAGUCGGGGUCCAUACAGACAGCUCAAUUCUUUCAAUAUUGAACCAAGAUCAACUUGGAGGACUAGAGGCUUUCAGAGAAAACAGAUGGUUCCCUAUUAAACCCAUUGCCAACAGCCUGAUUAUCAAUCUUGGAGAUAUGAUGCAGGCUAUAAGCAAUGAUAAAUACGUGAGUGUGAAGCACAGGGUAAGAGUGAACAAGCAGGUGGAUCGAAUCUCAAUAAACUAUUUUGUGUUUCCGGAACUUGACUGUACUAUACAAAGCUCUAAUUAUAAGCCUUUUACUUACAAAGAUUUUCAUGCACAAGGACAGACGGAUAUUGAGACACUGGGAUAUAAGGUUGGCCUUGAAGAUUUUAAGCUUAAUAGGGAUAUUUAAGCAUAUGUUGGGUUAAUCAUGUUAGCUAAUCUGAUGACUGAACCAGUUAAUCAGUUUUUUUUCUUUCUUUCUUUCUUUUUGUUUGUUUAACAUUAGUUUUGAUGCUUUUGUUGUGGAGCAGCUCUAUUUAUGGUAUAU